AUGAGUCUUCUCAAAAAGCACGGUAGACAUUUUGAAGUUGAUCAGCAAAAAGACAUCUAUGAUAUCAUUGAUGGUUUCGAGUGGCACCAGCUAGUGACGGAGGCACAUCUUGAAAAGGCAUUAAAGUCAUUAAAGGAUUGCAAAAAUGGCAUCAAAAGAUUGACGGAUUCGGAAAUUGGUAUUCUCUUCAGCGGGACGGGUUCUCAGUGUCCCAUGUUGUCUGCAGAGCAGAGAAAUGAAUAUACCAAUCGAUUACUGAAGUGUUUUAAAAUGGAAGGUGGCAUUAGUUUGGGUAUUGAUGCUCGAAAUGCUUUACUUCGAGUUCAAAUUGAUAAUAAUAUCAAUAUUGACAUAUCGACACUCUUAAAACAGUUUGAAACUGAUGGGCUUGUUGCUAAUUCCCAAACUUAUGGUCAGCUUUCUCGGAUUUAUGCACGAAAGGCAGAUAUUAAAGGAAUUCUGGAAAUUACGAAUCGCAUGAAAAGCAUUGGUCUGGAAUUAUCAGAUCAAAUACUUGAAUCAAUGGUGUAUGCCUUAGUCAGGUCAGGGCAAGAUGACAAAGCAAAAUCAGUUAUUGAGUGUUCUGCGAAUAAUUCAUUCUUGUCAAAUAGCUUAAAAAUGAGUUAUGCUCUGGCCAAAGCUGAAAAUUUCGACGAUGGCAAAGUGCUAGAGGUUUUGGAUGGGAUUGUGGAUACUAAAUCACUCGUGGAUAACCAUCUUUCUUCUAUUUGUAAUAUAUUAUUUGCUCUUGCCAACAGAGGAAAUCAUGAAGCUAUUGUAAAGCUGAAAGAAGUAUUUCCUUUGCUAUUGAAUAGUGAUAUUGGCAAGCAGUGGGAAUUUACUGUCUUUAGCAAAACGCUUAGGUUGCUAAGGAAGAAUGAAGAGAAUAUUAUGGCAGCUGCUUUGUUGCUCGACUUUAUUCCUAACUUUGAAAAACGAGUAAAGUUGAGAACUAUUCUGACGAAGCAAUUUCCAACUAUCAUUCAAACGAAGCAAGUUAUGGAGGCCGUAAAAACGUGCAUAGUUUUCCAAAAAUGCAAUAUUUUAAAGCAUCCACUGCGAAUCUAUCUUCGGGAAGUAGCAUUUAACAAUGCUAACAAUUUCUGUCAGCUUUUUCAAAUUUACAAAAAAACCGACGAUUUUUCAAAAUUGGAUGGUCGCUCUCAUCUUCAAAUUCCCACUGCUUUAUUUCAUUUGCAUGAGUUGCAAAAAACGGACUCACAAGAAAAGAAAGUUGCUCAUUAUUUGGAUAUAGUUUGCUGCCUUCAGUCAGUUGAUUCUGAAUCUUGUGGUGAUAAUUACUUCACUAUCAUUAAAAAUCUCUUUGUUCUUCCUCUUCUAAAUGAUUUGAAUGUAUUACCGCAGUUGAUGAGCAAAUUGGAAACUAAUAGUGAUCUUCAGAGUUUUCUUUCUGAUUCCAUUAUAACUCAUUUGUUGAGAUCACAGCAAUUAAAAUUGCUUCAGGAGCUUGUAUAUGGGGCUCUGAAGAAUGCUUCAGCGGGAAGAGCUUAUCCAUAUCAAGAGUUGAAAAAUCAUAUUCUUAAUGCAUCAGCAUACAAUAAAGGCCUCGUGCCCAUGUGCUCCUCUUUACGGCUAUUGUUUCCUCUAUCUGAUGCAGCUAAUAAGAAGCAGUACAGGAGAGGAAUGCAAGUAAUUAAGUCCGCUAUUAUUGCUGGUGAGUUGAAAAAAACUAAAAUCAUGUGUGAAUUAUGGUCUAAUGAUAAACGGAUUGCUCUCGAAGAAAAUGAUAAGAACGAUCUUCUGAAUACUUUGGAUCGAAAUAAUGAACAGCCGAAGAAGCCAUUUGUAGCGUUGCUAUCGAAAAAAGUAAAGUACUUGAAUGAUUCAGUUUUUUCUAUGGAAUCAUGCUGCAAUGCUGUGUUGAAUAAGGAUGAAAAGAAAGUGGAUAUGGAAAAGGUGCGAACAGAAAGUGAAAAGCACAUUGGUAAAGAACUUCGACGUGCACUUGAAGUAGAUAAUUUAGAAGAGGCGUGGAAAAUUUGGAUCUCUGGAUCAGAAUAUGUUCCUAUAUCUCUGCUGUUGUCGUUUGCGGAGAAAUUAUAUUUUGCUCGAAUGAAUGAUCAGUUUAAAUCUGUCUUAUUAAAACUCAAAAAAAUCCAUAAGGAUUUUGCUUACCAUGUGCUCACCGUUUAUGACUCAUCAGAUGCAUCAGUUGAACGGAUGAGUUUUUUGAGUGAAAUGAGCAAAAUACUUGACCUCCAUCCUGAAGUUAAACAACAGCUCGUUUAUAACACAAGAGUGAGUGCAUUCUACAAGUCAAUUGAAAAAGGCAGUUUAAGUCAUGCCUUCGAACUUGCAAAAGCAAUUACUGUUCAAAAAAAUUCAGUCUUUGGUCAGUUUGAUUUGAUGGGUGCAGCAAUUGAUAAAGACGACACAACAGUAAUUUCUGAAGUUCUGGAUCUGAUCCGUAGUCAUCAUGGCAGAGAAUCAUCACUAGCUGAUUUUUGUGUAGCCUUGCUUGAACACUAUAAAAGAGAUCAAGCACUUCGACUGAUACAAAGCGGUGGCUUCCGACUCUCCGGACCAAAACUCAGCUAUUACAUCGACAGAGAAAUUGAAUUAAAUCGAGUGGAGAUUAUUCUCGAUUUAUUCGAGUUUUGUAGUGCUGAAGGGAAGUUAGAAUUACGUGAUUUGGAAAGUGGUGUAACCAAACUAAUCAAUUUUUACAGUAAACGAAAAAAUAUAGCACUGGUCAACUUAAUUGAAGAAAGUUCUGUAUUGCAUUCAGCUGGAAAACAGAGAAGUUCUGUUCAGCAGUUAAAACGAACCAAGGUUUCAUGGAGGCAUCCAAAAUGGAAGAUUGAUAUCAUUCCAUCAUUUGUAGUUAAAUUUCAGCCUGCAGUAAGGGAUGCGUUUAACGAAAUUACUAAAGGAAGCCACUCAUUCAAAGAAUCUGAAACACAAGAAGCUGUUAAGCGAUUUAGUGAUCUCAGAAUGAAAGAACAUGUAUUAGACUAUAUGGUUGUCAAAAUGGCGUCAAUUGUAACAGUUCAUCUUGGAUGGAAUGAAGGGAAAAAAGUUUUAGAAAUGUCGCGUACAUCAUGUGAUUUGACUUCUAUAUUCGCGGGAGAUGCUUCGAUUUCGGAUGAUCACAUUGAAGGAGCUAUAGGUCGGAUUUUCAGUGAUAUAGAUGAUAAUGCAUAUGAAAUAGCUCGACAAUUUUACUGCUGUUUGAUUGACUUGAAGUUUUGCAAAGUGAAAAAUGGAGCUCUUAAAAUAUUUAUUCAACAUUUGCUAAACAAGUGA